AUGAAUCCAUCAUCGUCCAACGGUUUCCUGUUGUUCCUAGUGCUGCUCUUUGCCGCGAGCGAGGCGGGUUUCUUGCUACACAAAGCUGAUAUAUUGGUCUAUAACGAUUUCACGACGGAUCUCACCAUCCAUUGCAAAUCGAAGAACGACGAUCUCGGCGUCCAUGUUCUCCCUUACCGCAACUACUUCGAGUUCAAGUUCCGACCACACUUCUGGGGGGUCACCUUGUUUUACUGCAGAAUGGAAUGGGACGGAACGACGCAUUGGUUCGACAUCUACGUGCAAAACAGGGAUUCACGUCUUUGUAAUCGUUGCUUGUGGAAUGGGUUUUGUUCAUUUCAACCCCCAGAGUCUGGAUCCAUCCUUCAUUUUGCUGGAACUUGCUUUGAAGUCCACAAAUUGGAGAUCGAAAGUGAGGAAACUUCAGAGCAAGUUCCGGCAAAAUAG